UUAGCCUUUUAGCGACGUUUUGGCAUUGGCAUAUCAUACUUAUUUUGUGUAUACAUUACAGAUCGAUUUGUUUUAAGUAUCUUGUCAAGUGAUUUCACAGUUGUCGUUCACGAAUCUCAUUACGAUUGACGAAAUAUACAAUAGGUAGAUACGCAGUAAAAUACCUAUCAUUUUAAAGGUGUACAGAGUGUGGACUUGUCAAUAGUGAUAACUAUAUAUGCAGAGCAGCAUAUUGGAUUAAAAUGGAGAAAUCAUCCAAUGAAAGGAUUCAUACGUGUAUACAUGAAAAUACAACAGCAAUUACUACGGGGUCAGUGGAGGAAUAUAGGGAUAUUAAAAUUGAAGAUACCAAUUUAAAUGAAGUAAAUUCAGAGCAGGGGAAUAUAGUAAAUGUAGCUGAACAUGUAGAUAGAUGCACUGAAAGUGUAUAUUCAAGUUCUGCAGAAAUGCAGUCAUUACCUAUAAGCAAUUCAACAUCAAAUGUGUGUGUAAACUACAUGAACUUAAGAACAACCGAGAUCUCAGCACAAAAUUCCUGUUAUAUUGAUAAUUCAAUAAAAUUAGUAAAGACUGUAUCAAACAAUUCAUCACAAGAAUGUUGUUCAACUAGUAAAUCCAAUAGUACAAUAUUUUUACAAAAAUGCAAACCAUUCAAGUGUGUAGAUUGCAUAUUUUCCACAAAGUCUGAAACUAAAUUUAUAAAUCAUAGUUAUGUUUGUGAGGGCAACUCACUGAGUAGUUCUAAUCUCGAUCAAUCUAAAUGUAUACAGAACCCAAGUUUAAUCAAAAAAUAUAAUUGUAAAUAUUGCAAAAAUAGAUUUAGUACAAGUCAAAAAUUAUAUAUUCAUUACAAACAGCAUGAACAAAAUUUAAAAUGUAUUAAGUGUAAUAAAAGGUUUUUACUAAAGAAAAGCUUUGAAAAACAUUUACUACAACAUGAUAUAAAUAUUAUUUAAUAUCAGAUGAAAUAUCUAAUAACACUUUAUUUUAAUGAAAGCAAUACACUACACAAUUAAUGAGCAAUGAAUCAAUAAAACACACAAUCCUCUCUAAAAAAUAAUAUUUAUGUUACUAUAAUAUUAUUCCAAUAAUUAUUAUAAAUCAAGACAAUCCCUAAUUCCACAUAAGACAGCAUCUUUAUUAGAAGCCAAAAUCAAAAACUAUUGAAUGCAAUCAGUGUUAUGUAGUAAUAAAAAAAUGUAAUUU